UUCUAUUCAGGUAUGACCAAGGUGUCAUGUCGUCACUGAUUACGGGCAAUCAGUUUGAAGCUUCCUUUCCAGAAGUCAUAGUGGAGGCCAGUCACCCCAAUCACGCCACUCUUCAGAGCUUCACAAUUGCCAUUUACGAAGUAGGCUGUCUCUUCGGUGCCCUGUCCAAUCUUUGGGUGGGAGAUAAGCUCGGUCGCCGUAGAACAAUUGUUUUAGGAGGCAGCAUAAUGAUGAUCGGGGCAAUUCUGCAAACUACUGCGUUUUCUUUCGCACAGUUGAUUUUUUCUCGUAUCUUGACAGGCUACGGAAAUGGUCUGAUUACAUCGACGGUUCCAACAUAUCAUGCGGAGCUUUCCCCUUCCGCAAAGAGGGGUCGAAUGAUCAUGAUGGAGGGAUCUCUCAUCGUGGUUGGAGUAACUAUUGCAUUUUUCGUAAAUUGGUCGUCUGCUCAGUGGAGAGUUCCGAUAGCUCUGCAAUUGGUGUUUGAGAUCAUUAUGGUGACAUGUAUUGGAUUUCUCCCCGAGUCACCGAGGUGGUUAGUAAAGCAUGGUCGCAAUGCAGAAGCGAUGGCUGUUAUAUCCGCAAUGGAAGACAAACCUCCAUCUGAUCCAGAAGUCCGGCGCACUUACUACGGUAUUCGUGAAGCUGUUGCCGCUGAAACAUCCAGUCAAGGCUCACUACGUGAACUCACUACCGGUGGUCGCAGCCAGAACUUGAGACGAACAGUCAUUGCGGUGGUCUGUCAGAUGAUGCAGCAGCUGACCGGCAUCAACCUCGUUACCUAUUAUGCUACUAUUUUAUUCCAGCGUCUUGGUCUUUCCGACGUCAACGCUAGAAUUACCGCUGCUGCCAACGGCACAGAAUAUUUCCUUGCUUCUUUUAUUGCUUAUUAUGCGAUAGACUAUGUUGGCAGGCGCCAACUCAUGCUGAUUGGAACUAUCGGUCAAUGUAUCGUGAUGCUGCUCUUAGCUAUCUUAGGAUAUAUCAACAAUGGACCAGCGCAGAUUGUGAGCGUAGUCCUGCUAUUCGGCUUCAAUACGUUUUUUGCUAUUGGGUGGCUUGGAAUGGCCUGGUUAUACUGCGCUGAGCUUGCCGGGCUCAGAACUCGUGCUCCAACAAAUGCACUAAGCACGGCGUCAAACUGGACUUUCAACUUUGUUGUCGUGAUGGUCGUUGGCCCGUCUUUCAAUAACAUCUCCUGGAGAACCUACAUUGUUUUCGCAGCCUUGAACGCGGCUAUUGUUCCAGUUGUUUACUUUUUCUUCCCCGAAACUGGCGGCCGGUCUUUAGAAG